UAUUGAUUGACAUUGUAACCAGACUGCUUUCCAUUAUUAUGAUGAGAAGUGUAACACACAUCGCUUUUAUUUACGUUUGUAUUGUUUCUACGUAUGCAGAAAUUACCAAGUGUGAUUUGGAAAGUUUUCGAUGCCACAGCGGAGAGUGUAUAGCGGGCGAUUUGUUGUGCGACGGCAAAGCGAACUGUAAAGAUGCGUCCGACGAAACGCAGAGCGAAUGUACAAAAUCGGACAUUUUGUGUCCUUCUUUCGCAUUCCGUUGUAACUACGGUGCGUGCAUAGACGGAAACUUGAUCUGCAACGGUGUUCAAGACUGCAUUGACAAUAGCGACGAAACGCUUCCUCAAUGCAACACUACGGAUAUCGUCAAUGGAUCGGACAAUCUCUCGCCAUGUAAAUCCUUUCAGUUCAGAUGCGACAACGGACAAUGUAUUCCCGAAAUCGAAGCGUGCGACGGAAUCCGGAAUUGCGCGGAUGGCUCCGACGAAACGCCCGUGUUGUGCAGAUCGUUACCGUGUAUGGCAUUCCGUUGCGCUUAUGGCGCUUGUAUCGAUCGUGAUCGACGAUGUAACGGAGUGGCCGAUUGCGCCGACAGUUCGGAUGAAGAUCCACAAUUGUGCGGAUCAAUCUGGUCGCAGACGCCUCAACCGUUCCCCACACCAAUCACACACCAAUCACCACCAACUAGACAUCCACCAACUAGACAAACUACGCAAUUACCGCUAAUAUACAGUUCAACAAAUUGCAUAGCGCCUCCACAACCACAAAACGGACGCUGGAUGUUGCAUAGGAAACUGUGUUCUGGUAGUGGACAGGNUUGCGUUGUUCCAGAAGGAACAGAACUUCCAACAGCUUCUCAACUUAUCUAUUCUUGUAAUGAAGGAUAUAAAGUUAACGGUCCUCCCAAUAUAAUCUGUAAUUUUGUAGGACAUUGGACUACUAUACCAGAAUGCACAGAAAUACGCUGCAAAGCUUUGAGCUCAGUGUCCACUGAAGCUACNUGCACGUAUAACGGAAAGUGGGCGCCGUGUGAAUCUCCAGUUUUACCAGGGACCAGAGCAACGCUGAGAUGCAAGAACAGUUAUCGGCGAGAAAGCGAUCUACAAAGUACAUUCGUGAUAUGUAACGAAGCUGGGAACUGGGAUCCAGAACCUUUACAAUGUAUUGCAGCGUGCGGCAGACAGCCUGCCAUCAACACACCGCUUAUUGUCGGCGAUUUUCAGCCUAAUAUUACGGAUUUUCCAUGGCAUGCUUCUUUAUACCGUGGUUCAUCAAAAACGUACUCUUGCGGAGCAACUAUCAUCAAGGAGAAUCUUUUAAUAACAGCAGCUCAUUGUGUGUACAGUGAGCAGGAUAAACGACAAAUUAAUCCUACCGAGAUUAACAUAAUGGCAGGAAACCGUUACAGAGAUUUUGACUUUCCUCACGACGAAACCAUCGUUCAAAAGAGAAAGGUGAAAAAUAUUUACAUGUGCUUUUACAUAGGAUCAAGAGGAAAUUACGGAUCGGACAUCGCAAUAUUAGAGCUUGACAGGCCGUUCGAAUUGUCAGCUUAUUUGGUUCCUGUAUGCAUCGAUCUGUUCAAUGACUUGCCCGUGAUAAAGCAAGGCGAUANAGGAAAGGUUCCGGGUUUCGGUAGGACAUCACCAACUAGUAACUCUAGUGCGAUCUUGCAGGCGCUGGAGGUGCCAUAUGUUUCGAUCGACGAGUGCAGGUCUGCGGCGCAAAAUGCCGAUACGGUACAAUAUGUUAUUCCAAAUGACAAGUUUUGUGCGGGUUACACGAACGGUCAGUAAAAACAAAAAAGAGAGUAAAAACAUGACUGAUAUUGUAUAACAGUUUUAUAAAUACGAAUUAUACAAAUAUUUCAGGUUCCUCNNCCUGUGACGGUGACAGCGGCAGUGGAUUAGUCUUUCCUAUAAAUGAUUUGUGGUAUCUUCAAGGUGUUGUUAGCUCUUCUCUCGGUUCUAUAGUAGAUGGAGUGGUCGUUCGUUGUGACAACAAUUUGUAUACUAUAUUUACAAGAGUAUCCAGCCACGUUUCGUUUAUACACAAUGUAAUAUUAAGUGUAGAUAGAAGACAACAACCCAUAUGCUUAGACAGAGGUUAUCAUUAAUAUACAUAUAAUGUAUAUUACCGAAAUAUGUUGUUGCAACUCACAAACAUUCCACCUUUUUUAACGACUUGUCUUUACGAGAUGGCACAGCUACAUUUGUGUUGGAAGAAACUAAACCGAUAAAUAACAUUCUUGAUUAGUUUAUAUUAAAUAUAAUCGUAUAACAAUAAAUAAAUCUUUUCUGAAGAUA